UUUGCAGUACUAAGUGACCCACAAUCUAGAGCAAUCUAUGACAUAUAUGGGAAGAGAGGGCUGGAAGUGGAAGGAUGGGAGGUAGUGGAGAGGAAAAGAACACCAGCAGAGAUCCGUGAAGAGUAUGAGCGACUUCAAAGAGAGAGAGAGGAGAGAAGACUACAGCAAAGGACCAACCCUAAGGGCACAAUAAGCGUGGGUAUUGAUGCGACAGACCUCUUUGAUCGCUAUGAGGAGGAUUAUGAAGAGAUCUCUGGUGGUGGCAGCGGCGGCCUACCGCACAUUGAGAUCAACAGGAUGCACAUAUCACAGUCAAUAGAGGCUCCUUUGACAACCUCAGACACAGUCAUUCUUUCCGGCUCUCUCUCCACACACAACGGAAAUGGAGGAGGAAACAUAAACUUGGCCUUGCGACGAGUCACCUCGGCUAAGGGCUGGGGAGAAGUUGAGUUUGGGGCAGGAGACACACAUGGCCCUCUUUUUGGGUUAAAAAUUUUCCGUAACUUAACUUCACACUGCUUCACAACGGCUCAUUGUGGCAUGCAGUUUUCAUCCCGCGGCAUACGGCCAGGGCUCACUACUAUGCUUGCACGCCACCUGGACAAAAACACUAUGGGUUAUUUACAGUGGCGCUGGGGUACUCAGUCUUCCAUGAACACCAGCAUCGUCAGGGACACCAAAAGCAGCCAUUUGACCUUCGCUGUGCAGUUGGGAAUUCCACAUACAUUUAUCAUGAUGAGCUACCAGUACAAAUUCCAGGAUGAUGACCAGACCAAGAUCAAGGGCUCUGUCAAGUCAGGGUUUUUCGGUACAGUGGUGGAAUAUGGUGCUGAAACUAAGAUCAGUCGACACAGUGUCCUGGGCGCUACUGUCAGCGUCGGAGUACCUCAAGGCGUCUCUCUGAAGAUCAAGUUGAACCGAGCGAGCCAGACGUACUUCUUCCCCAUUCACUUAACAGACCAGCUUCUACCCAGCGCCGUUUUUUAUGCCACUGUCGGACCCCUUGUGUUCUACUUGGCCAUCCAGCGGCUAGUUAUCAGACCUUACCUUCAUGCUCAGCAGGAACAGGAGCUUGAGAAGCAGCGGGAGAGUUCGGCAUCAGACAUUGCCAAGAAGAAGCAAGAGGCAGAAGCAGCUGUUCUGCUGAUGCAAGAGUCUGUGCGUAGAAUUAUCGAAGCAGAAGAGUCCAGAAUGGGUCUGAUCAUCCUCAAUGCCUGGUAUGGCAAGUUUGUGACAGACAACAGCCGGAAGCACGAAAGGGCAAGGGUCAUUGACGUGACGGUGCCUCUACAGUGCCUGGUGAAGGACUCCAAGCUCGUUCUCACAGAAGCCUCUAAGGCUGGGUUACCGGGCUUCUACGACCCCUGUGUAGGUGAGGAGAAGAGUCUGAAGGUGCUGUAUCAGUUCAGAGGUGUGAUGCACCAAGUUCUGUGUGGUGACACAGAAGCACUCAGGAUACCAAAACAAUCUCACAGGAUUGAUAAUGACAGUUAGGAACGUGUAUCUCUUGAGCUGAAAGGGACAAUUUGGACUGGUAUAGACUGAUGAGACACAGAUGUUCUGGAGUAGUGCCCUGGAAACACUCUGUGCCCUUAAAAGUCUCCAUAUACCUAUUUAUCCUUUAUUUUGUUGCUGUUUUAAAUAUUAUUCUACAUGAUGUCUGUUUGCAAAUUAGAACAUUUAAUUGGAACAUUUAAUUUGCUGGAUUUCCAUGAAUAAAAAUGUCCUUUCCCAGAAAAAAGCUUAAACAACAGAUAUAUUUUUGUGUUGGUAGGCCUUAAAACCAUUUUUAAACAAAGGCCCCCCUCCUCAAAUAUGGAGCCACAACGGUGCCUGUAAUCAGCACUCCGCAGAGAGAGCUAUUUUACCCUCAUUACAUCACACAGAAACAUUGCUGCUUGAUCCGACUCACUGAAUCCCACAGGAGCUGGUGUUCCCCCGCUGUCAGCCUUCUUUCUAUAUCUGACUUUUUGUACCACCAGCUUCCAAAUAAAUGAUCUUGCAAGUGUAUAGGAGGCAAAGCAUGUUCUUAGUGAAACCCUGGCUGCUUAAUCAUUUGCAUUAUUUUUCUCUUUUAUCCCUUCCCUCGAGUCUAAUAUUUGGAGGCCCACCUCUCGUACUUCACGUCUGCCAGCAGUGUCAUAGGAAUUGAAGGGGCCAAUGCACACACUAUGCCGGUAUUGUCUAUUGCGUGCUGGUUGAGGAAACAGAAUGUGAACUGUGUACUAAAUCUCCUGUAGGGCUAGUCUCCCACCUUGUGUCCAAAGACUUGAAUAGCAGUGGAUGAAGGGAUAUUAGUGGAACGUCCUCUCUGUUUGUAUUUUAAACUCAGUCUCCCUUAAUCCCUGCAUUUUAGUGCCAUAAUUCA